AUGGUUUCAAGAAUUCUUGUACAACUUGAUUCUUAAAUUGAAUGGAUUAUCAUCAUAUUAGUAGCAUUCUUUGUAAUAUUAAUAAUUGGACUAUUUAUAUAUAGAUUAUGCAGAAGAAAAUAGAAUUCGUAACCUAAAUAUAUAAAUAAUUCCAAAAAUUUCAAAGAUGUUCCUAAGUCUGAAAAAAAUCAAGAUGAUGAAAAAUUGUAAAAUAGAAUGGAUACAUCAACUACAAAGAAAGAAUUUUUUGUUAUUGAAGAAGAGCCAGAAAAAAAAAAUGAUAAUAAUGAUAAUAAUGAAAAUUAUAAUCCUGGUGAAGUUAAUGAAAGCAUUAAUUUAAGCAAUGUAUUUAAUCUAGAAGGUGAGGGUAAAAAAUAUCAAAAUAAUAAGUAUUAAUAAAUUAGACAAAAUUGA